GAAACAGCUACAUGUGAAACACAAAGCUGCCAGAGGAGAAAGCAAAUGGUUGGCUUCCCGACCACUCCUAGGACCUUUACCCAAUGAAUGAAAUGGCUUAGCAGGCUUGAGGCCCCAUAACAGCCAAAAGCGCCACCAUGGACUCCCUGGAUGUCAACACGCUCCAGCCAUUUCUGGUGAAAGACUUUGAACAGCUACUGCAGCAAAGAGCAGAGAAACACGAGCAUCUGCGAGGACGCAACAAUGUGACUUCGUGCCGCAGUCCAACGAGAGAAUUUGACACAAAACUGGUGAAGAACGUGCUGCAGGAAAAGAGACACCUGGAGUUUCUGAGGAGGAGAUCAGUAAGCCCAGAAAAAAGCUGCGUGCAGUCUGUGAAGGCUGGAUACCGUCCUUCAAAGAAAAAACGCUCUGCAAAGACACGUUCAGUGAAACAUCAGGGCCCGAUCACCGAGCCAGACACAAUGCAUACAAAUAUCCACAUGAGCCCUACCCCUACUGGACACCCAAUGAUGAUACCCACUCCAGGCAAAAGUGUAAAAAGUGAUGACCAAAUCACCAAUACAUGGGUUUCAUUAUGGGCAGAACCAGUGGCACAAAGCCAUACAAAGAAGCAAGCAGCACAUGCAUCUACCUCCACACCGGUGAUAAAGGGAGCAACCCAGCAGAGGGUGAAAAGCAACCUCGAUAAAAGAGAGAACAGUAUAAAUGGUAAAAAGACAAGCACCAAAACCAUCACACGAACUGAAAAGAUUCAUCAAACUGAAAAACUGUCCCUCCAAACUGAGAGGGUUCACCAGAAAAAGAUACUGCGAGAGGCCGGUGUACAGACCGAGUCUGGCUUUGUCACCGUCAAGGAGUCAGACAUUCAACUGCUGGCUGGCUAUUUGCAGGAAGCUCUGUGGAGAGAGGAGGUAGUGAAGAAGAAGCUGAUUUCCCUCCAAGACACUGCCUCUACCCUCCUGCACUCCUCUAACAAAAUAUGGACAGCUCGCUGCAGUGAGGACCUGCUGAAAAACAAGAUCAAGGCUCUGGAGGCGCAGCUGCAAGUCUGCCUGCAGAAGUUUCCCAAGAAUGGAGUGAAGAAACUGGUGCUACAGAUGGAGGAACAGAAGCUGGUGUAUGAGGAGAAGGCUUUGGCUGCCCUGCAGAAAGCCACACAAGAGAAGACUGAGGCUCUGAGCAAGGCUGAAACCCUCCAGGAGGCGCUACUCACAGCAAAGGCAGAGUCACUAAGGUGGCAGAGCCUUUAUGAGGAGCUGAAGCUUAGCUCCAGCCAACUGAAGGAGAGCCGAGACCUCAGCGAUGGACAGCUGCAACAGCUGCACAGCCAACUGCAGCUGUCCCAGGCCCGAGAGGCAGAGCUGCGGGAGGAGCUGGUGUCAGUGCAGCAAGAGAAGGAGGAGCUACAGUACAACAUUUCCUUGCUGGAGGAGGACAACCAGACUCUGAGAGAAGAAAUCCAGUACCUUAGAGAUGGCGGCACUGAGAAUGAGGGCGUCACGGUGCAGGUGUGUUUGCCAUCAGAGGAAGCAGAGCAGUAUGUGAAGAGAGAGUCUGAUGUGGGGGAGCAGCUCCAUCACACUCAGAACAGACUCAAGCUGAAGGAGAAAGAGUGUGAAGAGCUGCAGAAAGAUUUGGAUGCCAUGGAGCAGGAGUGUCAGUCCAGCCAGGCCCGGCUGACGCAGUGCAGGGACGAGCUCCGGCAACUCAGCCAUCGCCGCAGCAGCAGGCGGCUGUGCAGCUCCUGGUGGAGGGUGUGUGUCUUCCUUCUCCUAUUCCUGGCUGUAUCAGGGGUUGCCAUGUUGUGGCUGUGGCACCCUCCUUUCAGGGAGCAAGUCGAAGACGUGUACUCGGACAUAGAGAUGCGCAUCGAAGACUAUCUCAUGCAAAUGGCUUCUCCUCAACACUCGGGCUGUUUCAGACCAAUGUGACAACAUCACUGUUCAGGGAUGUUAGCUUUCCAUAGCCAAGUUUUGCUGUUAUUGUGAAAGUAAUUUUUUCAGGGGUGAAGAUUAUUUAUUUGUAUGUUUGAAAACCAUUAUAUGCAUUUCUGAGUAAGAGUUUGUUUUGAAUUGGAACUGAAUAAAGUGUGUGUGGUAUGUAAGAUUUUAUUGUGUUUACAUAUGUAAGCUGUACUGUACACGUCUGCGGUGUAAGUUCAAAUACGAUGGAUCCAGUGACAAAAAUGCUGUUUGUAAUAGAGCAAAUGGAAACAUGCAGAAGGCACCGUUAACUCGCAGGUUGGUUUGUGAACAGUGGCACUUUGUGAAACUUUGUGACAUAGUGGUGCUGGAAGCAGCACUGGUGCUGUUUUUGAUUCAGAAAAGGUAUUGCUCAAAA